CUCUGCAUUCUCCACAAGCACAUUCAAGAUGGUAAACGGAACCAGAAUUGAGAAGGACGCCUUUGGAGAUGUCGAGGUCGCGAACGACAGGUACUGGGGAGCGCAGACGCAGCGCUCGCUCACCAACUUCAAGAUCAACCAGCCCUUCGACCGCAUGCCCCCUCCCGUCGUCAAGGCCUUCGGUAUCCUGAAGCGCGCCGCCGCAACCGUCAACAUGACCCACGGACUCGACCCCAAGCUCGGAAAAGCCAUCGAGCAAGCCGCCGAUGAGGUCAUCUCCGGCAAGCUCCUCGAACACUUCCCCCUUGUUGUCUGGCAGACCGGUUCGGGCACGCAGUCCAACAUGAACGCGAACGAGGUCAUCUCCAACCGCGCGAUCGAAAUCCUCGGCGGCGAGAUGGGCUCCAAGAAGCCUGUGCACCCUAAUGACCACGUGAACAUGAGCGCCUCGUCCAACGACACUUUCCCGUCAGUCAUGCACAUCGCGGCGACUAUCGAGAUCCAGGAGAAGCUGCUGCCCAGUCUGAGGAGUUUGCAUGCCGCCUUCGAGGAGAAGGUCAAGGCGUUUAACCACAUCAUCAAGAUCGGCCGCACGCAUCUGCAGGAUGCUACCCCGUUGACGUUGGGCCAGGAGUUCUCCGGAUACGCCACUCAGCUCGAGUACGGAGUCCACCGGAUCGAAGCCACCCUCCCCCGCCUCAAGAUGCUUGCCCAGGGUGGAACCGCCGUAGGAACCGGACUCAACACCAAGAUCGGUUUUGAUGUGGCCGUCGCUAAGGAGGUCUCAAAGCUUACGGGCAUCGACUUUAUUACCGCGCCGAACAAGUUCGAGGCCCUGGCAGCGCACGAUGCCAUCGUCGAGGCCAGUGGUGCUCUGAACACCCUCGCGUGCUCGUUAAUGAAGAUUGCCAACGACAUCCGGUACCUCGGAUCCGGACCUCGCUGCGGUCUUGGCGAGCUGUCGCUGCCCGAGAACGAGCCCGGAUCGUCGAUCAUGCCUGGAAAGGUUAACCCCACCCAGUGUGAGGCUCUGACCAUGGUCUGCGCGCAAGUCAUGGGAAACAACAUGGCCAUUACCGUCGCCGGCUCGCAGGGGCAGUUUGAGCUCAACGUGUUCAAGCCCGUGUUGAUCCGCAACCUCCUCCACAGCGUCGUCCUUCUCACCGACGCCAUGAAGUCUUUCGAGGACAACUGUGUCGUGGGCAUCCAGGCCAACGAGGACAACAUCAACAAGCUCCUUCACGAAUCGCUGAUGUUGGUGACGUGUCUCAACUCCAAGAUUGGCUACGACAUGGCGUCCAAGGUCGCGAAGAAUGCCCACAAGAAGGGCACCACGCUGAAGCAGAGCGCGCUGGAGCUUGAGGCCCUCACCGAAGCCGAGUUCAACGAGCUUGUCCGACCGGAGCUGAUGAUCGCCCCCAAGGACUAGACUACCUAGGCGCGGAGGGACAAAAUGUGGCGUUUGGCGGGCGGGCGGGCGGGCGUUUAGAUCAGUUUGGAU